AUGCUGCAUCCUCUGCGAUUUCCACCGCGCGCUCAGCAUCGUAGGCAACGUCCUGGUCUGAUCUGCAGCAGUCUGAGCGCGAAGCAUGCCGCCGCAUUUCUCCUUCGCCGCCCCGCCAUGAGCUCGGUGGACCCUGGGCGCGUGCAGGUCCUGAGCGACCACCCUCCCCAGCGGUGUGCCCGCUACGUCCUGUUGUGGGUCCAGCAGGACGUGCGUGCGUCGUGCAACCACGCUGUGGAGAAGGCGAUCCAGGAGGCCAAUGCGCUGAGCCUGCCCGUGCUGGCGUGCUACGGGCUGUGCGAGCGGUUCCCCGACGCGAACGAGCGGUCCCUCUGCUUCUUGCUGGAGGGCCUGCGGGACGCAGCCGCGGCCCUUGCCUCGCGGGGCGUCCGCCUGGUGUGCCAGCGCGGCGCGCCGCCCGACGUGGCCAGCGGGCUCGCCCGAGAGGCGGCGUGCGUGGUCGUGGACCGCGGGUGCUCAUGGGCGACGUACGCCCAGAUCUGUCGGGCUUGGCGGCGGGAGCUGGUCCAGCGCCUGCCGGGGCUGCGCGUGUUGCAGGUGGAGACCAGCGUCGUCGUGCCGGUCGAGCUCGCUUCGCCCGGCCGCGAGCCAGCCGCGGCCACGCUGCGGCCCAAGUUGCAGCGGCUGCUGCCGCGGUUCCUGGCGCCCCUGCGCGAGACGGAGGUGCAGCACCGAGCCGCGCAGCUCGCGCUGUCUGCCGAGGCGGAGGCUGCCUCUCUCGACCUUGCCGACCCCGGGGCCCUGCUGGCGGGGCUCGACGUCGACAGCAGCGUCCCGCCGGCCGUCGGCUUCGCGGGCGGUCGGCAGCAGGCGCAGGCCAGGCUCGAGGCGUUCUUGCCGAAGCUGCGCUCGUACGGCAGCGGGAAAGCGAACGACCCGUCGGUGCAGGACAACUCGUUCCUGUCUCCCUAUUUGCAUUUUGGGCACAUCUCCCCCGUGGAGCUCGGCUUAUCCGUCUGGGGGGCGGCUCAGCGGCUGGACGAGGGUUGCAAAGCCAGCGCCCCAGCCUUUGCAGUUCCUGCUUCGGCGGGGGGAGUCGCGAAUGGUGCAGCAGCCUUUCUCGAGGAGCUGAUCGUCCGGCGCGAGCUUGCCCGCAAUUUCUGCCAUUAUUGUGAUUCGUACGAUACCUUUGAUUGCUUGCCAUAUUGGGCCCAGGAGACGCUGCUGCAACACAUGAGCGAUAGGCGCAGCCACACGUAUUCUUUUGAGCAGCUCGAGCGGGGUGAGACGCAGGACGAUCUCUGGAAUGCGGCGCAGUGGGAGAUGGUGGUGACAGGCCACAUGCACAAUUACAUGCGGAUGUACUGGUGCAAGCAGUUGAUCGUUUGGGUCGAAGAUCCCAGGGUUGCAUUCCGCUGGGCAGUGCGCCUCAACAAUAAGUACUCGGUGGACGGCCGGGACGAGAACGGUUACAUGGGCAUCGCCUGGUGCUUCGGGCACCACGACAGACCCUUCCCCGAGCGGCCCGUCUUCGGUACCGUCAGGCCGAUGACCCGGAACGGCCUGGCGUCGAAGUUCAACAUGCCCCGCUACCAGCAGCUCGUGCAGCGGAAGUGCCGCGAGGCCGCGAAGGCGGAGCCCCGGGUGCUGCAGCUCGUCCCGAGCGCCGCGCUUGGCGGAGCCGCGCUGCUGCGGCUCCUGGCGGCGCCGCCGCCGGCCGCAGACCGCGCGGCGCUGGACGCGGAAGUGGCGACGCAGUCGAGGUCGUUGCGCUGGCAGCGGGCGGCUGCGUCGAAGAAGCCCAUCGCUGGGCCUCCAGCCCUGUGGCUGGUGGCUGACGGUGAUGGCGGCGAUGGUGCGCAGGAUUGGCAUGGGAGUACAGAUGAGGAUGCAGAUAAGAGGGAUUAG